AUGCUUCAGCCUCCGCCUUGUCAUCGUCCUCAUCACCGCAGGCCUCCACAUGCAGCCGGCCGCCACAUGCAGCCGGCCGGUCUCCACUCGCAGCCGGUGUCCAACCCGAACCAGCGCUUCAUUCUCACUCCAGCCUCUCCAGCCCCGGGGCUCCCGGAUCUCUCAUGCAUUGGAUUGCCGCUGCUGUGCCGCUGCUGCGCCUGUGAGGACAGCGCUGGAUUUUCGCUGCAGCGCUCAUCCUCACCUGGCGCGGCCGGAGCUAUUGGAGCUGCAGCCAUCGCCAUCGGGGCCAGCGGGACAUCAGCAGCUUUAUGCCGGCCAACGCAAGAACCUGAAACCAACUGCCCACCAACUGUGCUCGUGUCACUACACGGUUAUUCACUCCAUUCUGCACAAGCAUCAGGUCAACUCCCUUCCACACAACCAAAUGCAAGCAACGCCUCCUGGAUCAGCAGUUUUUCAGUUCCAUGGGAGAAGAUGCCGACAAGACUCUCACAGGCCAUGGCAAGAGGUGGAAUGGCUCCCCCAGAACACAGGAGAAUAAUGAUUAGGACUGUUGUGGAAGCAAUGCGAGUACACUGCCCCAACCCUAACAGAGCUGCUUGUGCGGAGGUAGCCAGAGCUAUUGUAUCUAAGUAUCCCGCUACCUUUGCGGAUAAGACUGCAGACGGUGAGCAGUUAGGCUGCAGUUAUUAUUCCCUACUCAAACAGCUUAAAACGAGAGUUGAACAUGGAAACAGAGACAAUGGCAGCAGCAGAAUCCGACAGCCAAGGAAAAGGCCUACCAGUGAAAACAAUGGUGGUGAUGCUGCCAUCAAAAGGGGGAGAUCUGAACUUGAUAGCUAUGGUUGCAUCAACUGGCAACCCACAACUCUACCAGAAGGAGAAACAGCAGAAACCUUGGAGACAAAAAGACAGACUAUGUCAACUGUCUUCAGAUCAGCAGGACCUCAAACUAUUGAGACGACAGAUGUAAAUGAAUUUAUGUCAUUUACUUAUACUUAUCAGAGGCACAUGCUAAAUUCUUGGCCUGCCCCCACCUUAUGUGAGAUUCAAGAGCAUUGGCCAUUUCUUUUUACUAAAAGAGGCCUCUGCACUCACUUCCAGUGUUUCCCAUUGUUUAAUUUGACCCACCAUAGUUUCUAAAUAAAAGAUUUAGGCUGCCGCAAGUAUUGACUUCUCAUGAUAUGAAUAAUAUCUCGAACGCCGUAGCGUUUUGUGCUGAUGUGCUCGGGCUGUCAGAUCCAGCGCUUGACAGUGCGAGCGUUUCACUUGACUAAAAAUACGUGUGCGUGAACCGUAAAAAAUAUUUAAAUAAAAAAAAUCAGCCGAAGCAGUCUAUAUUUUUGUCAAUAAAAAUAAAUGAUAA